AUGGGUGAUCUCAUUCGCGCAUCAAACGCGGACAAGGAAUCGACUCUUGUGAAAAUUUCAGGCAAUGAACGUUCAUUCACAUCUUCAUUGAAUGCGACGACAACAGCAUUUGAUUCCGUUCGUCAGGAGGCCUUCGUUGCAGGCCACAAGCAAACUACGGAAUCAAGUUCAAACUUUCCCAUCGAUCUCCGUCCUCAGCAGUUAAAUUUGUUGAAACCUAAUCUUAAAUCUGACGUCAAUUUUUCCUCCCUCCACUCGAUCGCACCCUCCAUGUACUUAGAUUCGUCUGAGAAACAUUCAUCCUCAAUUCUCAAUGCGAAAUCCGUCUCUGUUGGUGAUUCAUACAUGCCAGUCAACGCCAGCAGCUUGGCUUCUUUACAAAGUCAAACUAAUUUAAUGCUUGAUAAUAUUCGAAUAAAUCACUCCGUGUCUUCGGAAAGUACUAACGAAACUGAGUUCGACGACAACUGUCUUCAUUGCGAUGAUUCCGGCUACCUUCAUAUUGACAUGGAUGGCGCCGAUUGGAGGUUGGGUUUUAUCUGUUCUCGUGGAUUUCCACAUGAGCAUCCACUCCUGUCAACAUGCAUAGUGACCUUCGCUAAACGUGUCAUGUUGCUCUUCCACGAGUUUUACGUCGAGCACAACAGCAUUGUCUCCGAGUGCGAACAGAAUUUGCCGGCGAGCUGCAAGGUCAUAGAUUAUCACAAAACCAGGGUGCCAAUCCACAUACAAGAACUUUAUCAUCUUAACCUCACCAUUGGCGAGCCCAACAAUGAUUCUCUCGGAAGCCUGGGUGGUCGUAAGGGCUACAAUAUCACCUUUGAAAUGUUCAACAAAACCUUGAAUUUCUAUGGACUAAGAGAUGCAUCUCGGCUGGUCAAAAUGAAUAACGAGCCUCAACCCGAGAAUUUCCAUGCUGGACUCAAACGUCGUGUUGGCACGCCCUUCGACUGCCACUACAACGGCUACCCUGUAAUACGAAGAGUUGGAGGCGGGCUGGGUCCGGUGACAUUGCAGUCCCAGUGCCAGUGUAUGCUGGGCAGCACCGGUCCUCUCUGCCAGUUCGGCAGUAUGUGCUCACGCAAUAACCAGUGCAGUUACUGCGGCACAAACGGUAUUUGUAGCGAUGUGGAAGGCGGACGACAUACCUCGUGCUCGUGUCAGAUGCGAGACGAGUGUGACAGUGGAGACGACGGAACGUGUGGGCAGAGAGAAUUUUACGGUGGCGUGUGUUGCCACUUGCCUCACCACUUCUACCCUCUCGAGAACUUCAAUUUUACAGUUCUCCCCAACACCUCUCGGUGGAGCAAAGGCCCGUUGCGUUUUGCAAAGUGCCGGCUCGUGUCGUAUCCCCACCAGCUUUCGCUGCUGCUCUGCGCUCCGAAAAAACGUUGCUUCCCGACUGUACCUGCGAGCUCCAACCUACUCGCAAAUUCGCAUCCUUCGAAACUUCCUGCGUCUCACGACUCUUGCUUUACCAUGGCUAGCCAGUCGUUUUGGGUUGGAAACAACGGCAGCUUGGGCAAGUCUGAAAACUUCUCGGAGCACAUAAACUUAAAAGAAAACAGAACAAAAUUCUCAUAUGACGGUAAAAUUGACCGCGACACUGAAGUGAGGGAAGGAUGCUGGUCGCAGCAAGCUGAAGUCGUGAAGGCCAUUGCUGCGAUUGGCAGCAAAGAAAAUGCAAGGGAGUCACGUAAACGAGACCUCAGCGGCAACCUCACCCUUCAGUUCAAGAUCAACUCUAUGAUACUCGAGGUCAAGUGUUCGGUGGCAUCUUCAGACGGGCAAUUCGACUUCAAAUGGUACUUGGACGCCCAUCCCAUCACCGGCACCUCGCAAACGUUAUACAAUGCGGACUGCUGCACAGGCAUGCUGCUCGUCGACUCCAUAGGAGGUCACGAGUACGGCAUUUACACGUGUCGAGCGUUCAACUCUGACGCUGAGGGCACGGCCAGUAUCCUGAUAGACCCCAGGCCUGAAAAAGUCGUCGUUGAACCACGCAGUGUCGCCGUCAGGAAGGGCGGGAACCUCGAGCUGAGAUGCGUGGGCGUGAACCGUCCCGGCGUGUGGAGGACGAUAUUUGCAGCACGCUGGGAUACAAAGCUGGGCAGACAAUCUGCGUUGCCUCUCUGGCACCAGAGACUGGGACCUCUGCAACUGCGGGGAGAAAUCUCUGAGCAUGUGCAGUGGGCACGCAACGUCCUCCACCUUCAUAACAUCUCCGUUAGUCUCGCGUACUGA